AUGGGUAAGUUUGGGUUGGGUUGAAGGAUAAUGUAUAUUGUUAUUGAUCGAAAACUUUAGCUAUUACAGAUAAUAAUGGUACUAGUAGUGCCAAUAUAAUCAUACCGGUUUAGAUUUUAAAACUUUAUCUAAAGCUUUCAAAAAUAUUUUAAAAUUUAAUGCUUGACCUUGUUUUAGGUACUAUAUCAGCACUAGUACUGUUGGUAUUAGCACAAUAUGUAAAAGCUGGUGAAGUUGCUUUAGUUGCCUCUAGUGGAUGUUAUUCUCACGACGUUAUGAUGAGAGAAGUUGGAGAACAGUUUACACAUCAAAAUGUCACUUGGCUUCAGGCAUACCUAUUUGAGUUUGGCUUCGGAGAAAUGAAGAUUCCAAAUCAUUGGGGACGAGUUCAGGUUACUCGGACAUUGAACAAUGGUGAGCUGUUUAUAAGUGUUGUAUUUUUUAGUAUAAUAUGUAACUUUAGAUUUUUUAAAAAGUUUUAUGUAAAUUUCUUACAAUUUUUUUACCUUUUUCGAUUUUUGAUGAGUUUUAGUCUCAAGAAUACCUGAAUUUAAUCCGUUUUUCUUCGUUAAUUUCUUGGAGAGUAAAAAAACAAACCUAAAAAGUAGUCGCGGAAUAGUUUUACUUUUAAUUAGACACAGUUAAGUGAUGUCCGAACAACAAUCUCACGCAAUAACAACAUAGAACUUGAAUUUACUGUAACAGUUUUUAAUACGGAGUAAAGUUUUUGGAAUUACAUGAAAUGUAAAAUACGAAUCAUAGCAUAAUGUGAUAUAAAUUUUGUCGUAUUUCGUUAAUGUAAAAUAGGGAAAGUACGUUCACGUCAUUUAUUUUUAUUUAAAAAUUUCUAAGCUUAAAUAAAAUCUAAAAUACGGGUGCAUAAAAUAGCUGAUAUACGAAUUAGAUCGUAUUCCAUCAAUGUAAAAUACGAAUAUGGACAUUUAUUUAUAUUUAAAAUUUUAUUUUAACUUUUUAGUCGCCGAAAUGAAUGAACUCGGAGGAUUUCUGGUCUGGCUUGGAAACGUUCCUUUGCAUUGGGAACGAUGGUGGGAUCUUCGUGGUGCUUCAUUCUUCGUCGAGAUCCUAAGGUAUCACCAACGUCAUUGUGAAGACUUUGUUAAGUCAGAACAGUUCUUACAGUACAUGAACAGUAAAGACGUCAGCUUGUUGGUUAUCGACCACUUUUUGCAGGUAUGGCUUGUUGAUAUUGGUUAAGUUUGAUAUGUUGAUGUUAGUCUAUGCUGGUAUUAGUCCAACGCACAUUUUUAAAACAAGAUUGUUUUACAAGUUGAUAUACACUUAUAAGUACCUCUAUAUACAUUUAUAUACUUAUAGGAAUGCAUGGUAGGAGCAGCCUCACUACUAAACGCCUCAACUGUGCAAUUCAGUAACUGGCCAAUAGCAGAUGGCUAUGUCACUUCGCUGAAUGUACCAUCUAACCCAUCUAGUACUCCGAAGACUGGAAAUGCAUUUUCAUCCACAAAAACCAUGGAAUUUGGAAUUAGAGUGAAGAACACCAUCUUCCACUCACUCAUCGUACUGGCUAGGGUGAUACAGUCGGCGGUGGUGCAGAGCAUUUACAAGGAGUGGGGGUAUGACGUAAGAAUUUGAUUUUUAAUAUUUAAAUUUUGAAUUUUGUUAACUUAGUUUAGUCUAUCUUACCUAUGGUUACAGAAAUGAGUAUAUCUUUAUCUUUGACAUAGCAUCCAGGGCCGGGCGCGAGGGGGGGGACGGGGGUACCCCCCUCCCCCCCCUCAGAAAAAAAUUUUCGAAAAAUUUAAACGUGGUCCCCCCUGUGGAUUUUUGGACUCCUGCCCAGAGACCAAAAGUCCCCGCCCGGCCCUGAUAGCAUCUUUAUAUUAAAUUUGGCUAUGACAAUGUAAAAAGCUAUGUAUGUACGUUAAUAUUCUUGUUAUAACUAGCCAUAUGUCAUAAAUUAUCAAUAAAUAAGCCAUUUCAAGGUAAAAACCAUCAUUUUUCAGGUAAACAUAAUCGACGUCGAAGCCAAGCACAUUCUGUACGCUAGCCGCGGCGAGUUCCUGGCUGAGCCUGUGCGUCCUUUGAACAAUCGCAUCAAAUACUUUGGUUGCUCACGUUGCGGGUAAGACUUUUACACUUGUUUGCAAAGGGUCUUUUAUCAAUUUUUAACACUCAAGGUUACAUAUCUGACUGUUAGGAAGUCACUUUACAGCGAAAAAUGUGGAGAAUAUACCAAAAAACGUGAUUUUUUUGAAAAGUUUUAGAUUUUUAUUUUACUAUUUGUGGUUACACUUGGCAUAAAAGGGUUUAGAAUUGUAUGCAAAAUAAAAUUUGGUUUACUUUUUAACUAUUUUCUACAUACUUUUUGACCGAAGUAUCACUUUUUUACUUUAAAACUUUAAAAAAAGCUUUAAAUAGGGAACAAAUUUUGAAAAAUUUAAAGAUAAAAUAAAAAAAACACAUUUCAGAGACCCAGAACAGUACAAGAUCAAACGACCGGUUGAAUACAACCCAUCAUAUUCUUCAGAAUCCAAAUCUACUACAAUAUCUAAUGAUAUUGUCAUUCCUCCAGCUAAUAUUACAAUCUCAUUGUCAUUGGGCAGCAAUGUCACUUUAUGUUCGAAAUGUUUAAAAACGAAAAAAGUGAGUACGAAUAAGAACAGUACUAUGGAACUACCGAUUGGUCGAGUGUUAUCAGUACAAGAAACGAGAUGGAUUCAGAAUAAGGUCGACUUUCCUCUGAUUGACUGGGACUUGCUGGAGGAACGGCCUUUUGUUAUUGUUAGUUUUGGCAGUGUUGCUCAUGUAAGUUGGGGACAAGUUUAGGUUUAUAACAAUUUAGCAUUUAGUGGCUUUAAAGUAUUAGAAAAGGUCUGGUCCAAGGUUAUAGCUAAAAUUAAUUUUGCAAACAGUUAGAGUCCUGGAAACUAUCUAGUAUAAUAUGCAUAUUUUAGGCUAAGUACAUGCCAGACGCGUUGUUCGACCGAUUUUUGGAAGAUUUUGGCAAAAGCCCACAUACAAUCAUUUGGCAAACAAAUGAUGUGACAGAGAGACUACGAAACAGAACCAUUCCAGAUAACCUACACAUUGUACGAUGGGUACCAAUGAAGGUGAUGCUUGGUAAGUUUUUUGAUUUUUUUACUUUUUGCUUAUUAAAUUGUUCAAAAAGUUACGUGCUCUUCUCAAAGCAACAUUCUAAAUUUUUAUUUGUUAAGGGGCACAGAAUUAUUUGAACAAUCUAAUAAGUUAAAUUUAAAAACUUCAUUUAAAAUAUUGUUUUAGCCCACCACAACCUCCACUACGCCAUGCUACAUUGCGGAGUCAACACAGUAAACGAGUUACUAUCAUUUGGCAUCCCAAUCUUAUCAGUACCAAUGCAAGGUGAUCAGCCUUCAAACUCGCGCAGACUGAAAGAUCUUGGCCUAGCUGAUGUCACGUCCAUCGCUGAUUUCUGGGCCGAAAAUGGCCUAGCAAAUGUUAUGGCCGAGUUUGAGAACGGGCUUCAAGAACGACGGGAACGUGCUAAGAAGGUUGCCAAUAUGAUCAGUCAUUACCGUGAAGUUCAUGGCCAAGACCAGCACUUCUGGCUGGAAUGGUCGCAAAGGCAUGGCCAAAUGUUCAGAGAUCGAAUGGACGGCCAGAGGUACUUUGAAAUGAAGUACCGUAGUAGUUUUGAGUACUAUGCUAUGAGGGAGGUUAUUGUAUUUUCGUCAAUAGUAGUGUCUUUGGUAUUGCUUUUAUCUCAGUAAGUGACGUUUGGUGGUCAGAAAGUUUAUAGAAUUGGUUUUUAUAGUGUGUUUGGAAACGUAGCUGAAAAAUGGUACUAUUAGGGUAAAACUAGUACAAUUAUCAUAAUAAUUUACAAAAAAGCUAAAAACAGUACCAAUUUACGCAAAAGGUAUCAAAAGGAUAAUUUUUUCUUUUUACUGGUUUUCAAAUUUGACAACUUAAAGAUCAAGAUAAUUCUACACACUUUGUGACCUAAAAAACCAACUUGCAAUAGUGUAAUCAUAGUGAUACUGCUGUACGGGUAUAUAAUUGUAUAUACGAGCUUUAAUGUCUUACAAUGUAAGAAUUAUAUUUGAUUUUAUGUUGUUUUAGAACUCUAGCGAGAUAAAAUAAAGGUUUUAAAUUAAGAUUUGCUAUAAAGGUUAAUAUCUUGUCCGAAUAUACGUUAAACAAUAUGCAGUGGUCUCUAUAGUGAACCAUCUGUAAAAGCAACUCUCUUUAUAGUAAACAAGAAAUUUGGCCCCGGUAAUUCAAUUUGCAAUAAAAAUCACUCUGUUAAGACAACAUUACGAUAAAAAUCUUUGAUGUUGCUAACUGGCUGAUAUAAAAUGGUGGAUUAAAUGGUCAGUUGGUCUAAAUUCACGUUGUAUAAGUUUUUGAUUGAAAGAUGCUGCCUAUCGUGUUAGAUACAUAAUAUUUUUGACUUAUAGGUAGAAUUUUUAGGUAAUAAAACAGGUUGAAAAUUCAUGCUUACUUUUGGAUCUAGUUGAAUUGCGAACCAUAAAGAAGGAGUUUUUAAGUUCUUCUAUGUUACUACCAGGGGCGGCGGGUACUUUUGGUCUGAGAGCGGGGGUCGAAAAAUCCACAGGGGGGACCACGUUCAACUUUUUCCGAAAUUUUUUUCUAGGGGGGGUCCCACCUUUCCCCCAGCGCCCGGCCCUGGUUACUACGUUUGCAAUAUUGUAGAAAAAACAAUAAUCAACUUUAAUAUUACCAAAAAUAACAAGAACGUGUCUAAAUGUUUGUGUUAAGGUGACAAAAUUGCUUAUCUAAAGUAUUUUUAUGACUUAUUUUAUGUCGUCUAUUCCGGAAUCAUUCAAUUGAAAUAACUUUUGAACUUGGAAAUGUACAAACUGCUAUUAACUGCUACUUUAUUUACUUUUUCUUUAACUGCAACAUGUUAUACUAAUAGUACUAAUGAAACAAGAGGUUUGAAGCUAAAAGAUAAUAUUGAACGUGAGCCAUAUGAAAUUGCAGGUAAGUUUAAACUCCUUUUUAUGUUUUAUUUUAGAUGUUUUUAGACGAAGUUUGUCACUAUCCUCUACUUGAUGCUCCUAUUAAAGAAAUAAUCAAAAAAGGAUAUAAUUCUGUCAGUUAUAUGCAGCGACACAUUCAGGUAAGGUAGCACUUCACAUAUAUUGUCACUCAGAUUAAUACUUGAUAGUUAAAUCGACAGUCUUUUUGGAAAGUAAAAAGCGUAUAUUAAAGUUGUUUAAUUAAAAUAAUAACUUUUAUAUCAGCCAUAGCAGGCUAUAGCACAUUCAAAUUUACAGGUACUAAACAAAAUUUGUUGCUUAAAAUGGCAGUAUUAAUCAAAUUCUGGCCCGUUUAAUUACUUAUUGACAAAGUUAUUGUAACUACCGGGUUUAGUAGUUCAUUUCAUACAUUAUUGUACGUGGUGUAGGAUGCAGCAGGUGGCCACGCUUUAGUAAUGUCAUUAAACAUGACAGUGUCUUAAAAUCUUUGAAGGAUAAUUGAAUAAAUUGUAAAAACAUUAAUGAUAGUUUAAAUCACAUUUUAUUUUAAUAUGUACAAGCUUUUGAUGACUUUAAUUUCUGUACUGACUUUAGCUAAAGCCUUAGAGCAAUUUUCUUUUAUAACUUUUUAAAUUUUAUGUGUUUUGUUAAGAUUAGGUCGUUUAAAUAAUUAUGUGCUCCCUAAUCUCUCAAAUAUGCUUAAGAAGAGGCACAUAAUUAUAUAAAAAACCUUAUAAUUCAAUUUCUAACCAAUUUUAGUACAAACUGCCGCAAGUGUUCGACGGUCAGUACGGCUCCUAUCUUUUGUUGGUCACAAAGUCUCGAGCAUUGAUGACUUACGGUGAUCGAGUGCAGAUACCCAACUUUUGUCUUUUUGUAAUUACAAGAACAGAGGGUUGGAACCUGAACACAGAAGUCCACAUUCAGGUGCUUAAGAUCGAUGAGAGGAUAAGCUGA